ACAAACUCAAACGAACCAUUCAUUUUUUUCUCGAGCCAGCUUAACAAAUAUGAAAUUGAAAAACAAACUAAACAGAAUGUGUGCGAUAAAAUGAAAUCUAAUUUCUAACAAAGUAGAAUUUUUUUCAGAUUAUGUUUGGCCAUUAUCUAUAUCAAUAAGCACCAAGAGAAUACCUGAAGAAGAGUAAUGACAAUGCAAGAAGGCGAUUCACUUCACUACUCCAGCUUGUCAAACGAAUCAAACUCUAACUCCCAUGAUCAUGAAAAUGCUCCACCAGCACAAGUACACAUGGAAACUGCCCCCGAGGUGAGUGACGUUCGUCUGCUCGAACCAAGCCCUGGCAAGAACAGUCUCCCGUCGUGUCCUCCUUCAGUUUUGUUACCAAAUGAGAAAAUGGGGCAUAUGACUGAAUCAGCGCCUCCUCAACUUCCGAAAGAGCCAUUGGUCAUUCACACACCCAAUCAUUCAGGGGUUCAACGAAUAUCAAUUGUUUUCGAAAGUCCUUCGCCCGAAGAAGCAGAAAAAACUACUAAACAAAUAACCGAGCUCCAGUCUUCUAAUAUUGAGCAUUUGAAUCGGCAAACAAAAGAACUCCAGACAUCCGUUGAAAAAAUAGGCAACAAAGUGCGAAUUCUUGAGAACUCGAAAUGUUUCCACGAUUUCAGCCAAGAUGAAGAGUUUUCUCGGCGAAGUGAAGUCGACACCGAUGAAGAGGUCAAAAGAAAAAUCUCAUCAACUAACGGUGACUGGAAAUGGCUCGAGAAGUCUGAAUGCAGGCAAGCAGAUGAAUCUACAAACACUUCGCUCGUAGUCGAAACAGACGACAAAUCACUGUCUUCUGAUCUAACGCAGGUGCAAGAUGCUUUAAAGAAAGCCGAGUCAAGAAUUGUGGAUUUGGAAACGGAGAACAAAAACAUGAAAACUGCAAUGCAAAAUAUUCUUGAAAAAUUUAAUGAGUUCAAAGCUCAUAUUCAAGAAUUAUCUCAGUCAAAAGGGUCAGAUCCAGCUGCAACGUGUGAACAAACUCAAACCAAAAAGCAACCAAGGAAAGAUUUGUCGCUAAAUUUGACGCAAGAACCCAAGAAAAUGAACAAAGAAAUGAAGUCACCGAUGUCCAACUUUAUCUAAUUACAUAUGUCUCUUUUUGCUCGGCUCUCUGAAUCUCUUUUAAAAAAACUAAAACUUCAUAAAGUUGCCAUUCGGAUUGGUGUAAUGCGUGCAACAAACAAAGUUACAAAUUUUCGAUUGAAAAUGUCCGUUGCGCGAUUAAAAUUAACUUAAAACAAAAAUACAGUAAACCAAAAAGCAUUGAAUUAAGCGCAUUUACUCAACCUCAUUCUCAAAACUACAGCAGUUUUUGAAAUCUGAGAUAAACUGAUAUUAUUGUUAGAUUUUAACACAAAACUUCAACUUAACCCUCUUGAAAAGGUAAAUGUAUGUAUGAUAUGUACAUGAGACCUUUGUGCUGAUGACCUUGACCUUCAGACAUUUGUUUUUAACCAGUGAAAAUCUAUAUCAUUUGUUCUGAAUAAAGGCAACAGAAAGUAUAUUGCAUAAUUGUAACUGUUAGUUUACUCACAAUUUGAGUUAGUUAUGUUUCCAUGAGUCUUAGUCUAAA